CGGCUCCGGCUCAGUCCGCGGCGCCGUGAGUGGGGCCGGCUCGCCCCCCAUGGCCGGGAACGUGCAGACCCCCGCCCCCGUGGGCGCGGCGCGGGAGCAGCACAGGAAGGCCCGGAGCGGCUGGCCGGGCGGGGCCCGGGUCUGGGAGGACGCCGAGCAGCAGGCCAAGAAGCUCAAGAGCAGCCCCGACGGGGAGCCGCACAGGAAGCUGCCCAAGCGGAAGAUCGUGCUGCUCAUGGCCUAUUCCGGGAAGGGCUACCACGGCAUGCAGAGGAAUAUUGGGUCCUCACAGUUCAAGACCAUCGAAGAUGACUUGGUGUCUGCCCUGGUCCAGUCGGGUUGUAUUCCUGAAAAUCAUGGUGAAGACAUGAAGAAAAUGUCUUUCCAGCGGUGCGCCCGGACAGAUAAGGGCGUGUCGGCGGCCGGCCAGGUCGUGUCCCUGAAGGUGUGGCUGAUUGACGACAUUUUAGAAAAGAUCAACAGCCACCUUCCGCCUCACAUUCGGAUACUGGGACUGAAGAGGGUCACGGGCGGCUUCAACUCCAAGAACAAGUGUGAUGCCAGGACCUACUUCUACAUGCUGCCCACGUUUGCCUUCGCCCACAAGGACCACGACGUGCAGGACGAGAGCUACCGGCUGAGCGCAGAGACGUGGCAGCGCGUCAACGGGCUUCUCUCCUGUUACAAGGGCACGCACAGCUUCCACAACUUCACCUCGCAGAAGGGGCCCCGUGAGGCCAGUGCUCGGCGCUACAUCCUGGACAUGUUCUGCGAGGAGCCUUUCGUGCGGGAGGGCAUGGAGUUCGCAGUGAUCAAGGUGAAGGGGCAGAGCUUCAUGACGCACCAGAUCAGGAAGAUGGUCGGCCUGGUGGUGGCCAUCGUCAAGGGCUACGCCCCCGAGAGCGUGCUGGAGCGCAGCUGGGGGGAGGCGAAGGUGGACGUGCCCAAGGCGCCGGGGCUCGGCCUGGUCCUGGAGCGCGUGCACUUUGAGAAGUACAACCAGCGCUUCGGCAACGACGGGCUGCAUGAGCCGCUGGACUGGACGCGGGAGGAGGCGGGGGUCACGGCGUUCAAGGAGCAGCACAUCUACCCCACCAUCAUCAGCACCGAGCGCCACGAGCGGUCCAUGGCCCAGUGGCUGAGUACCCUGCCCGUGCAUGACUUCAACGCCACCGCCCAUGCGGCAGCCAGCCCGGGCACCAAGGUGCCUGACCCCCCAGGAGACAGUGACUGAGGUGGCGGCCACCUGCUGGAGCGCCUUUAGGCUGGCCCAACGUGCGCCAGGAGCCCCUGCUGCCACCGCGGGCCCACCUCCCAAACGGGGGAGCCGUGCUGCCGCCCCGCAACCUCAGGGUCUUGAGACCUGCGUCACGUUGGGUUUCAUCACAGGGAGGACCUGCUGCGAAUCUGUUUUCAGCUCAUGCAUUAACCGUAUACACCUCAGCACGUAAAGACAC